AUGCCCUUGCUUCAGAACUUGGAGAAGUGCUGUAGAGGCGAGGGGCCAGACUUCGCCAGUGAAGAACCUUUCUUCCCUCCAGUGGAAGCGUCGGUUCACAGCAGCAAUGCACACUGCACAGACAAGACCAUCGAAGCUGCCGAAGCCCUGCUUCAUAUGGAGUCUCCUACCUGCUUGAGGGAAUCCAGGAGUCCUGUGGAAGUGUUUGUCCCUCCUUGUGUGUCAACUCCAGAAUUUAUCCACGCUGCUAUGAGGCCAGAUGUCAUAACAGAGACGGUAGUGGAAGUGUCGACUGAAGAGUCAGAACCAAUGGAUGCCUCUCCUAUCCCUGCGUCGCCGGAUAGCCACGAACCAGUGAAAAAGAAGAAAGUUGGCCGUAAACCAAAGACCCAGCAAUCACCAAUUUCCAAUGGGUCUCCUGAGUUAGGUAUAAAGAAGAAACCGAGAGAAGGAAAAGGAAACACAACAUACUUGUGGGAGUUUCUUUUAGAUCUACUUCAAGAUAAAAAUACUUGUCCCCGGUAUAUUAAAUGGACUCAGAGAGAAAAAGGCAUAUUCAAGCUGGUGGAUUCAAAGGCUGUCUCUAAGCUUUGGGGAAAGCAUAAGAACAAGCCAGACAUGAACUAUGAAACGAUGGGACGAGCUUUGAGAUACUACUACCAAAGGGGAAUUCUUGCAAAGGUUGAAGGACAGAGGCUUGUAUAUCAGUUUAAGGACAUGCCCAAAAACAUAGUGGUCAUAGAUGAUGACAAAAGUGAAGCCUGCAGUGAAGAUUUAGCAGCAGCUGCGGAUGAAAAGUCACUAGAACGAGUGUCACUGUCUACAGAAAGUCUCCUGAAAGCAGCAGCAGCCUCUGUUCGUGGUGGGAAAAACUCAUCCCCUCUAAACUGCUCCCGAGCGGAGAAGGGAGUAGCUAGAGUUGUGAAUAUCACCUCCCCGGGUCAUGAGCCUUCGGCCCGGCCUCCUCCCGCCACCGCGUCUGUGCCGGCGACCCCAGCUCCGAGGACAGUUCGUGUGGCAAUGCAAGUACCUGUCGUCAUGACAUCCUUGGGUCAGAAGAUUUCAACUGUGGCAGUUCAGUCGGUUAACGCGGGUGCACCGCUAAUAACCAGCACUAGUCCACCCACAGCGACCUCUCCGAAGGUAGUCAUCCAGACAAUCCCUACUGUGAUGCCAGCGUCUGCUGAGAAUGGAGACAAAAUCACCAUGCAGCCUGCCAAAAUUAUUACCAUCCCAGCGACACAGCUGGCACAGUGUCAGCUGCAGACCAAGUCCAAUCUUACUGGGUCGGGAAGCAUUAACAUCGUUGGAACCCCACUGGCCGUGCGAGCGCUCACCCCCGUUUCCAUAGCCCAUGGGACGCCUGUCAUGAGACUCUCAGUGCCUACGCAGCAGGCAUCUGGCCAGACUCCUCCCCGAGUGAUCAGUGCGGUCAUAAAAGGGCCAGAGGUUAAGUCAGAAGCAGUGGCAAAAAAGCAGGAGCAUGACGUGAAGACUUUGCAGCUGGUCGAAGAGAAACCAGCAGAUGGAAAUAAGACAGUGACCCACGUAGUGGUGGUCAGCGCGCCUUCGGCCAUUGCCCUUCCCGUAACUAUGAAAACAGAAGGACUCGUGACAUGUGAGAAGUGAGACCUCAGCGCCGCCGUGGACUUCAGACUGUUAGUGGUAGGACUGACGUCAACAUUGGUGAGGGGAGUCAUCCAGAAAGUCGAAGAAGACUUUAAAACGCGUUUAAUGCAUCUAAGGAAACAAUCAGACUUACUGGAAGCCAAUUACCUAUCCCAUGUUUCAGUGGGAACCGAACUACAUACUGCGAUACUGACAGAAAACUGCCUCUUGCGAUAGGAAACAGCCGAACCCGCCAGUAAGAAAAGGAUUCAAAGGGACCAAGCCGCUCACUACGCUCUCAAGUUACACUAAGACUUGGAACACUAACACUCUGUAAGAGGUCCUGUAGUUUUCAGAGGGGAGGGGUUGGGAUGGGUGAUCUCCUUGUUACAUAUAGCAAUUUUUGAUGCAUUUUAUAUGCAUACCAGCAAUUAUUACUGUGUUCGCACAGUACUCACUUAACUGGUGCUAUGUGAAGACUCUGCUAAUAUAGGUAUUUUAGAAUGUGAAUUGAAGAAUGGAUCCAAAAGCUUCAGAAAGAGGAUAGCAAAAAAAAUCUAGUGCGAAUUUUUUUUUAUAUAUAUCAUAUAGCUUAAGCUGAUUUACAACAAAGGCCUUAGACUAAUUUUCGGUUUUCUUUCUUGAAAUAAGCUAAUGGCUUGUUUGUGUAAAGCUUUUUUAUUAAAAGAAAAAUUUUAAAAAUCUUGUACUAGCACAGUAUUGUUAUAGAAUUUACAUGUAACAUUUUAUAUGGUAGUUUAAGUCUGUCAGUUUCUUAAUUGUGGACGAAUUAACAGUUGGCUCUGGCCUUUUGCUGUAACACGCCUCUGUCACUCACGUAGCCCUGGCAUCUGUGCGGACAUGUCAGUUUCAGUUCCACUGUCACUUGGACGUUCAGGCUCAGCAUGAAUUUUUGUCAGGUAGCCCUAAUACCUGGAGUUUUCUUUCUUUCUUUCUUUCUUUUUUUUUUUUUUUUUUUAGUUGAAGUUUAAGAGGGAAAGUACCAGUGUUCAGAUUUGAACUAUAAUAGUUUGUAUAUUCAACAUUUGAAGUAUAUUCUAUUUUGUUGUACUCUUGUUUCAAAGUGUAUUCAAGUAGGUUUUCUGAAAUAUAGAAAAGAAAUUUAUCUUG